UCUCAAGUCUUCAUUGAUAUUAAUUGAUAUUAAAAUAUGACUUAUACUUUUACAAGAUUUACAAGAUUUUACAAUACGCAUGUGUAUUAUUUGAUUUAUUUCAUUUUAAUGUUAAAUAUCAAUCAAACACAUCGCGCAAUGUUAGUUCUGAUCAUGUGUUUUAAAACUCUUUUCCACUCGAUGCAUCGUCGGGGCGUGUUGACGGACGCGGUAGGGCGGCGGAGCCCGCCGGGGACGUUCCUGAAGGUGGCGCAGCCGUGAUUCAGGCCGGCCAGAGUUCACGUCCGCCGCGUUGGCAGCAGUGCGCGCCGCCGAGUCAGUGCUGAAUGCGUCGCGCGACGGGCAACAACGUCGGGGGUCUGGUGUGUGUGCGUGCGUGGAACAGAACGGAUCCGUCGUCCUCGCAGCCGUCGUUCCGCAGCGUCGUACUCGGGGUACGGAAUCCCGUUAAGCACAACGUAACAACGUUUCCCUCCGCGCGGGGGGGACAGAAGGAGACUUUCCCGCGCCCGCAGGCGCGAGCGCGCGAGAGAUACUCGGGGGGGACCCCGAGAGAGAGCGGAGCGGAGUCUCUCGUCGCGUCAUCGUCGACGUCGGGGCGCGCGCGACAUAAUCCUCCGACUCCGCGCUCGCGAUGCAUCGCGCGCAUCGACGCGCGUAGCUGUGUUGGGCGUAGCCGGCAAGAAACGGCACGGGAGCCGUCCAUCCGUCGUCCGUGCGUGCGUGAGUAAGUGAGUGCGUGCCCGCCCGCCUGCUUGCCUGCCUAGCCUGGCUGCCUGCAUGCGUGCGUGAACUGCCUGCCCUGGAACUGCCUGUCCCUUCCCCUCCCUCCCCCCGAUCGUCGCUGCCAUUGCGAAAUGCGAGCGAGCGUCGCGUGUGUGUGUCGCGGUGUCUAGUGCCUCGUACCCGGUGCGCGCGUCGUAUACGAGAGGGAGAUACGUAGACGACGGGACGACACCUUUUUCUCUCUCUCUCUCUCUUUCUAUCUCGCUUCUCUUCCGUCCGUCUCUGUCGCAUUCCGUCCCGGCCGCGGCGAAACACGUCCCCCACGCGUCAUCGCCGUGAAACUCUGUCCGCCAAGAUCGAACGACAGUGGCAUGUCGACGGUGGCAUCGUAGCCCGGGAUCCCGGAUUCGAGCGCGAGGUGAAGCCCCAGCAUGGCCAGCAGAUGACUGUUAGCCGAGCCGGUGCUCAUACUCGACUCUAAUAUGAGCGAAGUGGUGGCAGUGACGCCGACUGGUGGACCUACGCGCCACACACAGGAAAGCGUGACACACAUCAAACGGCACAAGCUGGCCGGCUGUAAUGUUCCUCUUGUGCACGGUCGGCCGAAUCCGAUCAGUCCGCGCAGCAGACUGACCACGCAUCAACGAAACCACAGUUUGGACUUUAGAUCAAUGGGGAUCCUACUACCGCCGGUGCCUCAGGCAGCCGCGACGACAUUGACGCACCACCACAGAAAUCGAAGUUUGGACUCCGCGCUGCAGCGGAUUCCGGAGGUGGACGUCACACCGAGUCCAGAAUGUGAGAAUCCCGCGCCCUCGUCGGUGUCCAAGACGACGACGGUAUCGUCAUCGUCGUCUGCGGGAUCAUGCGGAGGCAAGGGGGUGCGCACCGCGCGAGAACGCGAGGAUCUGGCCAGCCUCGGUUCCGACGACUCUGGGAUUCUGUGCGGCUCCGAUAGCGGCUCCUCGAGCGACGCCACAAAUGCGCCCGCCACCCGUGAGUCUAGCGUGGACCACCUGCACAGCCGCGAGAGCCUAAACUCGUCCGUGUCGCAGCCGGGCGACGUAUGCUCUGUCGACGCGGUGGACGGUAUGGAAAAUAGUGCCGAUGUGGUGUCGGUGUCGAUGUCAGUGCCGGUGUCACCCGUGGAACUGUCCACUCGUCUCAGUGACAGUCCGGCGUCUCUCGUGUCCCCCGAAAGCGAGGUGACCACCAAUGGUGACCGUUCCCGGUGCGACGAUGAUGCGAACAGUGACGAAUGCUGCUCGCAGGAACCACGAUCGACCGCGAACACAAUACGAGAACGUGGCGGCGAUAGCAGUCAACACGAGUAUCAAGAGUGCAUUGAUAAUUACCAGGGCGCUAUGCAAGCAUCCCCACCGCCGCCGUCCGUGGCCGAGACGAGCCAGAGCGAGUUGGCUGGAGCGGCUAUGACUCUCUGCUGCGGCACGGCCGCAACGCAGCAGCAAGAGAUUGAACCGGUAAAGAAGCAGUCGGACGUCAUACGUCGGCAGAAGCAGGAAACGAAGCAGCCAAAGCCCUCCGAAGGUUGUCUACUACGACUUUUCGAGAGUCAAAUAUUUGACAUGUCCAUGGCUAUAUCCUAUCUGUUCAAUUCCAAAGAACCCGGCGUCCAAAGUUAUUUAGGUAACAAGAUGUUCAGUUUUCCGGAUAACGAUGUGGACUUUUACUUACCACAGUUAGUCGUUAUGUACAUACAACUUCACGACGUGACAGAAGUCCUUUAUCCAUAUCUUGUCCAUAGAUGUAGACAGUCAGCAGAUUUCUCAUUAAAAUGUGCCUGGCUGCUAGACGCGUACAGUUCCGAUGCUCAUUUGCCGUCAAAGAAGAAGUCUCAUGGGACCAAAUUGAAAAAUCUUAUCUUAUCGGAUGAACUCAGGCCAAAGGGAAAUGAGGGUCGAAAGCAACGUGUCACUGGAUUGCAAGUUCCUGCACCAUCACCAUUGCCCUCGACGCAAAAUCUCACGUCGCCGAAUAAAAAAACCCACCAAAGAUCUCAGUCCGACGCUACUGGAUUGUUCCAGACUAUACGCCGUAGUCAUUCCGGUAUAAUAAAUAAAGUAAGUCUUGGAGACCUGAGCUCUGGUCGAGCGUUUGACAACGGCUGUACCUGCUUCUAUUCCUGCCAAGGUGUGGUGAACGAUCUACGAGGCCAAAAAACAGAUUGUUUUUGCAAUGCACCUCGACUCGCGCCAGAAUUCGAAUUUAUUCAAGCUCUAAUAUCAAUUGGUAAAUUGCUCGGGACUAUCCCAACAAAGGAAAGUAAAACCGUUCAAUUAGUGGCAGAGCUCAAUACGCUUAACUUGAAUCUCCCUGCAAGGGUGUGGCUUCCGCUGCACAGUAUGAUACCGCAUCAUAUCGUGCGAGUUCCGCCACAGUACGCCGCCGUUCUUAACAGCAAGGAUAAGGCACCUUAUAUAAUAUAUGUGGAGGUAUUAGAGGUGGAAGAUUUAUAUACAUCGCCCGUACCGACGAAGAUAAUGGGCAGUUCGUUGAGGCAUACCAAGUCUGAAGAGAACUUGACGGGCGGCGAGCAGUCCAACAUAUCCACUUCAGAUAGUCAACAGAAUUCGGCGAUACGACAAACUCCCGUAAAAAAUAUCUCGCCUUAUUCUGUUAGGAAUACAGAUGUGACAUUUAAUUUUCCCGAUGAUGAUCCUAAUGAUUGUUGGAGUCAGGAAGAUGACGAAAUCACACAGCAGUAUUUACAGCUUCGCAAGCCAAAAGAUCGGGACACUAUAUCGCAACUGAGUCAAGAAUCGUCCGACAGCAGAGAACCGGUCUUUGUACCAGGUGACAUCAAGAGAAGAUUGAGUGAAAUGGCAGCUACGCCGAGCGCGACUUUUAGUCACGAUCCCGAAGAUCCAUCGGCGGCGGUUCUCAAAGAGCCAUGGGAGCAAAAGCAACGACGUAUAAGAGCUUCCAGCCCGUAUGGGCAUUUGGCAUCUUGGAGAUUACUCGCGGUAAUCGUGAAAUGCGGUGAUGAUCUUAGACAAGAACUUCUUGCCUCGCAGCUGCUCUCAAUGUUGCAAAAGAUUUGGCAAGACGAACAAGUACCUCUUUGGGUACGGCCGUACAAAAUACUGUGUCUGUCCAACGACAGUGGUCUGAUUGAACCCAUCUUGAACACCGUCUCGCUGCACCAAGUAAAAAAGCAGUGCCAAUUAACACUUUUUCAAUACUUCGAACGAGAGUUCGGUCCUUCUACCUCAGAAACGUUCCGCAUGGCUCAGAGAAAUUUUAUUCAGAGCUGCGCCGCAUAUUGUUUGGUUAGCUAUCUUAUUCAAGUGAAGGACCGUCACAAUGGCAAUAUCCUUUUGCACAGCGACGGCCAUCUAAUCCAUAUAGAUUUUGGAUUCAUUCUAUCAACCUCGCCGCGAAAUCUCGGCUUUGAAACCAGUCCAUUUAAACUGACGCCAGAAUUUGUCGAGGUGAUGGGUGGCAAUCAGUCCAAGCUCUUCGAGAAAUUUAAGAGCCUCAUUCUUCAAGGCUUAAUUGCGGCACGGAAGCAUAUGGAGAAGAUAGUUAACCUCGUUGAGAUUAUGUUGUCGGGCUCUCAACUUCCGUGCUUUCGUAGUGGUGGGGCGGCGACUGUUCAAGGUCUCAAAAAUAGGUUCCAUCUUACGUUAACAGAGGAUCAAUUGCGUCGGCAUGUUGAAGAUUUAGUCGAAGGCAGCAUUCAUUCGUGGUCCACUAAACUCUAUGAUCGAUAUCAAUAUUUCGCAAAUGGUACUCUUUAAUAUCAAGAUUAACGAUCUUUUCUGUCUAUCGCGCGUUUCGGUUGAAAGUUUUCUGCGAGGUUAAAAGAAAGGACAUCAAUCCGAUGUGUUGUGGAUAUUUCUUCCACACAAUUUUUACAUACAUUUAAUAACUUCGUUGACCAAUCCGGCGGUCAAAUGCCGGUUAGUAAAUAUAUUCAAGCCAAUUUAUUGCGUCUUGGAAAUCUGUUUCGUAUCGUAAGUCGUUAUAAAAAUGCGGUAACGUAAAAAGACAUUGAUUUAAUUAUAUAUUGCUAUUUAUUGUAAUUGGCGUUAGAGACAUUUUCUCAAUUCUUCGGUGAACGUAUUUGCUUCAAUUGUGCUAUAUUUUGAAAAAAACGGCUUCUAGUAUUUCAAUAUGUAAAUAAAGAAUUGUAAUUGCGUAUAAAAUUGCACGAUAGCGGGAAAGAAGACGAAAUUCUUUCUGAGCACGAGAAAUUUUGAUUGGGCAGCGCUGUUUUCUAGCAUUCCACAAGCACAAAUGACGUUUUAGAGUGGAAAAAUCACUUUCCUCUUGGACAUGUAGAUAGCCUCGAUCAGGUUAAACGUAUAGAAUUUGGAUAGAUUGCCAUUCCUUGAGUAUGACCUUAUUCCUUGCUUUGGUGGUAAGCAAGAACGAUACGAAAUAUUUUUAGCAGAAUUCAAAGCGAUCUCAUUUGAUCAAUUAAAAACCUUCGACAAAUGAAAUAUAUCCAUAUCUUAAGAGAACACACACACACAAACACAUUUACACAUACAUACAAACGUGACUUAGUUGAAAAUUAUGAGCGCUUCGUUGAAAGUUAAAAAUAUUUAUCGUCGUUUGAGAAAUUAAGUGAUGAAAGAAGAAAAUGAUCUAUGAGAACUUUGGUAUCCACAGUUGAUUACAUAUAUCCACUAUAUAUAACGUUUUUGUUCGAUACAUUAAGACUGCUGUUGUUUACGUAUGGCUCGAUUGAUAAAUUACGAAUUAGCUGUCGCCGCAGCGCAGACGUGACGUCAUUGACUGAGCGCGUUGGACUGCUAAGUCGAGUGUAGCUUAUAUAAACAGCAUAAUUUGUUGAAGGUGCCUUAUUUGUGUAGAGAAAUGUGGAGACGAUCAAACCUUAGAAACAGUGAAGUGACGUGUUAACGUGGCAAUCUUAGCGUGGAGCUGAUUGAGCGUGAAGCGGACAAUCUGUAAUUUGUAUAUAUAACAAAAAGAAAAAAUGGAGGGAGAAACAUUGCGUGGACUUUCGUAGAUAAUUCGCGGCAAUAAAACGUAGAGCCUACUGAACGAUAGAACGGAAUCGGCAAAUCUCCAUCUCUGGGAGAUUUUAACGCAAUUCUGGUGAAUGCGCGAGACUGGGCUACGUACAAAAAUAUAGGCUCGGAUAUUAGCGGGAGGCGAAUACUCAAAAUAUUUCCUAUUUCGUAGAUUAGUACUCUUCGAUAAAUACAUCUAAUUGUACACGCGGUAUAAAUUUAAGAACUAAGCAUUAUAUUAUAGCGAGUCUUAAGGAUCACAUUUGAAAGUUUUUACAUGUUCUUAUAUUACGUAAACAUUCAUUCUCCUUUCCCUUCCCUUCCCAUAGCUGUGAAUGCGAGGAGCGUUGUAGCUGCGUACGAAGGAUAAUUAUUUAAAUCGUAAUUCCUCGCGAGUGACGUUUUACGUACACAUGUCCGUUUAAAUAAAUUAUAUAGAUAUAUAUAGAUAAACUAUAAAGAGAUAUUGUACAUAUAUAUAUAAUGACAAAUUUUAUCACCUUAUUAUGCUAUAUCAGUUAAGAAUUUAAUCGAGGAAUGUUCGAAGCAAAAUCAAAGUUAUGGCUGGAGCCAGCCCGGACCAGAGAGACCGGGGCCCUCUGACUUCCAAGUGUCUUAUAUCUUUCUCUCUUGCUCCCUGUCUCUCUUCUUCUCUUAUCAUAACCGUCUCAUGAUAGACAGGCAGACCAGAAAUCGGAUACGAUUAUAGGAUGAUUGAGAGAAUGCAAAAAA